GUGUGGAAGAAUCAAUCUGCGUGCCAAUUAACCACAGGGUGCCCAGAAGUCGACUUCAAGCCGUAAAGUUAUUACGAGUAUAAUAGUCAUCAGAUAAAUAUAAAAAAAUCUAAGUUGCAUACUUUUGGUUCCCAGGACUACGAAUUUCAUUUUUUUCUUAGACGGAGUGACGGACAGUGUCAUUCUACGUAGUGACAACAAGACAGACAGUAACGCCAGUUUUAUUAAUUCAUGAUUGUGAAGUGCUACAUGUCUGUGUACAUCGUACAUAAAUACGCCAACAUGCACCUCGUUUAUGGGGAAUGUAAAUGCAAUGCUAGUGCUGCAACCAGGCUUUCCUUACGAGGACAGCGUACUACAAGUAGUGGAAGGAGACCCGAGUACUUCAGUCCGUCAAAUAGAAGCAAGCACGGGAGUGCCAAAAAGAAUAGCCCACCAAAUAUUACGAAAGAACGAGCACCACCCAUACCACGUACAGCGAGUAAAAUCUCUAAAACCUCGGGACUAUCUUCCAAGAGUUGAGUUUUGUCAAACAAUGUUACAGAUACACUGGACAGAUCCGCGAUUUUUAGAGAAAAUUUUAUGGACUGAUGAGUCGACAUUUAAAAAAAAAUGGUUUUAUGAAUCUACACAUCUUACACGAUUGGUAUGUAGAAAAUUCACAUUUGAUGAGUAAAGAUAGCUCACAGUAUCGUUUUAAAGUAAACAUGUUGACCGGGAUUCUAAAUUGACAAAUCAUUGUACCCUUUGAGUUGCCAGAAUUCUUGAAUGGAGAUUUUUAUUUAGACUUUUUACAAAAUGAUUAACUAAAUUCAUUGGAAGAUGUGCCACUAAGCAGCACUAAGAGACAUGCGGUACCAGCAAGACGGAUGCCCGGCGCACUAUGCCCGUUCAGUUGGAGAAUAUCUUGAUGCGUCUGAUCAUUUUUAAGAUGCCAAGCUUGCAUUGCUGCUGAAGGACGGCGGUUUGAAGAUUUAUUGUGAAUUUUAUAAAUGCAUUCAUGAAUUACAAAAGUGGCGUUACUAUAUAUCUUGCUUUCACUACGUAGAACGACACUGUCCGUCACUCGGAUGUUAUUGAAGGGAAAAAUGAAAAGAGGAAGCACACAUUAACGAAGGUCAAUGACUUCUCGAACUCAAUUUUGUGUCUCCCCACUUGAAGUUGUCCUGCAACAUGAAGUAUGCCAUCCAGUAGAACAAAUUGAAAAAUCCAAAGGAUGCAGGAAAAACUACUCUAGCUGUCCUGUCUAUUAGCGAUACACUAUUAAUGUGUCUCAUGUGACCAUGUUGGUUUCCUGAAAAUAAAGAAACAUUCAUCAUA